AUGACUGAUCGAGUUCGAAAACAGUUACAAGAUAUUACUCUAGGGAUAGAAGAUGAUGUUGUCGAUCUUCCUCUAGACCUAGUCGCGGAAGCAGAAGAAGAAACCCAGUUUGCUUUGAUCGGAAAACCUUUGAACCCGAGAAAACAGAAAAUUCGGGGAAUGAUGUCUGCUCUACCAAGACUGUGGGGUGUUGCUGAUAAGAUUGCAGGACGUGUUCUAGAGAACAACAAAGUUCAAUUCCUUUUCAAGUUUGGAGAUCAAACUGCUGUAUUCAAAAUUCGCUAUGAGAAGCUUCGGGGUUUCUGCAACAUUUGUGGGUUAAUGUCUCAUGACUCAACCGAUUGUCCUCAAAACAACCCCAAUGAUGAGGAGGCUCCCCAUGAUGAUAAUAAUGAUGAUGAUAAUGCAGAUGAUGGUCCUCCUUCUGGUUUCUCUACGCCAGAACAUCACGACCCGGUGGAUCCUGUUAUUCCACCAAGUGAUAAUCAACAUGAUGUUGCGAAUCAUGACUCCACUCCAUCUAAGAAGCGAAAAACAGAGCCCUCUGUUCCUAUGGUGGAGUUGUACCCUUUGUGCUAUGAAACACGACAAGGUAUGAUUUAUGAGGAGGUUACUGAACAAGUCUUGAAGAGGAUGAGAAGACAAGCAGAAACUUGUGAAGGCAGACAAUGGUUCCAAGCAAUGCAUGAUCAGGAGGCAAGUUCUUCACGUGCUUCUCCUCAGGGUCCUCACAAAACAAAUGAUCGAGAGGGUACGGUGGGCCACAAGCCACCGGCGUCAGGAUGA